AUGGUAGUUAAUUGGAAAUUACCAAUGUUUUCUGUUACAAAACUCUUUGUUCUCAUUAUGCUUACUACUAGUGUCGAUAGCCAGGUGGUCAUUCGAAAAACUCCUUAUGAUCUAAUGGAUCGAAAUAAUAGCUAUUGGGUCAUGAAAGUCAAUCAGAUGGUUGCCCGACCAUCAUUUCCAGCUAAUAUAUCUUUUCGGACAUUCAAUGGGCCAGUCGUAUAUAACAUUGACUGUUCGACAUCAUCAAACGUUCUUUACAUUAAUGACGAGAUUAUAUUUUUAACAAGCUACAAUUGGACUAUUGGAGUUACAUAUUAUGUUAUGUUAGAUGAAGGUGUGUUAUUUGCCACUAGAUGUCAAAAUUCCUCUACUCAUCAGACUUAUGAUUUCUGGCCUGUUCGAGUGGUUGUACCAAGCAAUGGUUGA